AAUUUGAAUUUAUUAUUUUCCAUUCUGGGAAGAAUGCGAACUGAGAUUUGAUUUCUUUGGCAUAUGUGCACACGCUCCAGUCCGAUUUCGAUUAGAUCUACACUACAGUCACUUACAGUGAAUGCAUGACGCAUCCGCAUAGCCUGGCAUAGGCAUAGGUUAUAGAUCUAGGACGUAAUGAAUCAUUUUCUUUUUUGAAUCAACGACAGCAGUAUGAGUGUUACAUUGACAGUAGUAAAUAGAGAAAAUGUGAAUCUAGAGGAAAUCGACAAAAGUGUCAAAAAUAGAUUCAAAUGGGCAUGGCUGGAGGAGAAAGAUUGCAGGGGCCACCUUUUUUCAAGCUAUAUUCAGAAAUUAGAAGAACCAGGAGUCGCCUGGUGCAUUCUUUGUAAGGAUAAAAUCAAAUAUGGCGCUGCUGGAAGAAAAUGUAUUAAAAGUCAUGCUGUAUCUAAAAAACAUCAAAGUUUAAAACCAACUCAGCCAACUGCUAAAUCUUCAAGCUGCCUACCAGCAGCAUUUGAAAACAUGAAACAGAAACCUGCAGUUAUUGAUCAAGAACAAAAUACUUAUGGAUUAGCAUCGGAUGCUCUACAAACGCAGGGCUCUACUUAUUUUCAAGAACCUUCAAUUAUAGAAGACGUGUCUCUAAAAGAAAUUGACAAAAGUGUUAAGAAUAAAUUUAAUUGGGAAUGGCUUGAGGAGAAAGAUUGUAUGGGCCACUUUCUGUCAAGCUAUAUUAGGAAAUUAGAAGAACCUGGAGUCGCCUGGUGCAUCAUUUGUAAAGAGAAAAUAAAAUAUGGCACUGCUGGGAGAAUAUCUAUUUUAAAACACACUAUAUCUAAAAAACAUCGAAGUACAGGACCAACUCAGUCAACUGUUAAAUCUUCAAGCAGCCUACCAUUUCAAAAUGUUAGACAGGAACCGGCAGUUAUUGAUCAAGAACAGAAUACUAAUGGAUUAGCAUCUGAUACUUUACAAACACAGUGCUCUACAUCUUGUCAAGAAUCUUCAAAUAGAGAAACCAUUCAUCUAAAAGAAAUUGACAAAAGUGUCAAGAAUAGAUUCAAAUGGGAAUGGCUGAAGGAGAAAGAUGGCGCGGGCCAAUUUCUGUCAAGCUAUAUUAGAAAAUUAAAGGAACCUGGAGUCGCUUGGUGCCUCAUUUGUAAAGAGAAACUCAAGUAUGGAUCUGGUGGUAAAAAAUCUAUUACACGACAUGCUCUAUCUAAAAAACAUCAAAGUUCAAAAACAACUCGGUCAACUGCCAAAUCUUCAAGCAGCCUUCCAGCAGCGUCUCAAAACACCAUUUGUAAGCGAAAAAAAAAGUACGGCUCGAGUAGGAAAAAAUCUAUUAAAAGUAACACUGUAUCUACAAAAAAUCAAUGUACAAGAACAACACGUUCAACUGUCAAGUCUUCAAGCAGCCUACCAGCAGCGUUUGAUAAAAUUAAUCAGGAACAGGCAGUUAUAGAUCAAGAGCAUAGUACUUCUGGAUUAGUAUUUGACGCAUUACAGACACAGUCCUCUACUUCUCGCCAAGAACCUUCAAAUAGAGAAAACAUAUCUCUAAUACAAAUCGACAAAAGUGUCAAGAAUAAAUUCAAAUGGGAAUGGCUGGAGGAGAAAGAUGGCAUGGGUCACUUUCUUUCAAGCUAUAUUAGGAAAUUAGAAGAACCAGGAGUCGCCUGGUGCAUUGUUUGUAAAGAGAAAAUAAAAUAUGGCACUGCUGGGAGAAAAUCUAUUUUAAAUCACACUAUAUCUAAAAAGCAUCAAAGUUCAAAAACAACUCAGUCAACUGUUAAAUCCUCAAACCUACCAGCAGCAUUUCAAAACAUUAGUCAGGAACAGACAGUUAUUGAUCAAGAAAAAAAUACUUCUGAGUCAGCAUCUAAUACCUUACAAAUCCAGUGCUCUGCAUCUUGCCAAGAAUUUACAACUGCUCUUUAUGAUAGUAUGGAAAAUGAAGUUUCACAUCAGGAAGCCUUACCAGCAGACUUUCAAAACAUGAGACAAGACCAGGCAGUUAUUGAUCAAGAACAUAAUACUUCUGGAUCAGCCUCUAAUACUUUACAAAUCCGGUGCUCUACAACUGCUCUGUAUUAUAGCAUGAAACAGGAGCAGGCAGUUAGUGAUCAAGAACAAAGUACUUAUGGAUCAGCAUCUGAUCCUUUACAAAUCCAGCGCUCUAAUAUUUCUUCUGCUGCUUGCCAAAGUCCUAUAACUGCUUAUGACAGUAUGAAAGAUAAUGUUGCACAUCAGGAAUCCUUAAGAUCAGACUUUCAAAACAGGAGACAGGGCCAGGCAGUAAUGGAUCAAAAACUUAAUACUUCUGGAUCAGCCUCUAAUAGUUUACAAAUCCAGCGCUCUAAUAUUUCUUCUGCUGCUUGCCAAAGUCCUAUAACUGCUUAUGACAGUAUGAAAGAUAAUGUUGCACAUCAGGAAGCCUUAAGAUCAGACUUUCAAAACAUGAGACAGGGCCAGGCAGUAAUUGAUCAAAAACAUAAUACUUCUGGAUCAACCUCUAAUAGUUUACAAAUCCAAUGCUCUUUUUCUAGCCAAGAGCCUACAACUGCUCUGUACUAUAGUAUGAAACAGGAACUGGCAGUUGUUGAUCAAGAACAAAGUACUUAUGGAUUAACAUCUAAUGGCUUACAAACCCAACCCUCUCAUUUUCGCUCCCAACCUGCUACUGCCAUGUGUGUUGAUAUGAAAGAAAGGGUGUCACACCAGGAAGCCUUACUACACAGUUUUAUUGCUGAGCAUUCUCUGCCUCUAAGCAUUGCUCCGCAUCUAGUUGCUCUGGCUCAACAGCUCGGCAGAGAUUCAGCCGCUCUCUCACAAUUGUCUUUGGACCAAAAAUCUACUUCCUUUAAACUUUGAAGCUGACUCUCCUCUGACUCACAAAAGACUUGUUGACUGAUACUAAAAGAUAUAUUUCCUCCAUCUGGAUGAAGCAACUCGUCGAGGAAGUGAACAAUGGAUUCUCAAUAUUUUCUUAUUUAUCAAAAGUGAAGAAAGUGUGGUCCACCUGUAUGCCUCAAUCACUGAAUCAAAGUAAAUGCAGCCACUGUUUGCAUAGCUGUCUUGCAACAGUUUACUAAUGACGACAUACCAGUUAGUCGUUUAGCUUCAUGUCUUAUGUGACUGGAUGUAAAUAUAAUAUUUUUAGAUAAAUUGACGACCAUCCUAGACUCAAACACAAUAGCUCUGUACUGUACCACUGUACUGUAAUGUCCUAUAGCAGGUUAAUGCGUUGGGAUGCUAACAACUUUUUUUAAAAACUUUUCUUUACAAAGAACUUAUCAUGCCUUGUUUAGAAUGUGGUAACUAUUUUUUUUUAAGUGAGAACCGAAUGUGUAAAGCUUUUUUAUUAUUUUUUUGAAGAUUUUUUUUUUUAAACGAACUGGCCUGUAGCCCCAGUGUAUAAGCCCCUACCCUGAGAAAAUGGGUAUUUUUAAAGCUUUUUUUUUAUUAUAUAUUAUUUAUAUUCUAAAGGUAUUAAGCUUUUUUUCUAACUAGACAUAUUAUAAUUUUAAAAUUGUUUAUUUAUUUAUUUUAUAUUAAAUUUUAGAUCAUAAAUUUUUAUUAUUUUUUCAAAACAUUAAUUUUUUUAAAGAAUUUAAAAAUUCAGAGUGACCCCCUGUUUGCUUAGGUGGUAUUUUGAGGGAUUUUUCAAACCAGAAAGCAUCAAGCAUCUUCCCUUUGGUUCCUAUGUUCAGAGUAAGCUCAAUUCUUUCUUUUAAGUAAUUUUUAUUAUCAUUCGAUAAAAAGUAAUGCAGACCAAACGAAAGAGUUUCUGAUCUGUUCUUAUUUUGAAGUGUUCCGUAAAUCUUGUAGAUAACCUUGAAUCACUAACUGCAUUCUGCUAUGCCUACAAUAGUGGAAUCUUCCAUAUUCUUUAGAAUGUUUCUAAAGGCAGUACCAGUAAAAAAAAAAAAUACUUCCAUUUUUUUUUUUAGGGAUAUUUGAGUAAAAAAAAAAAUAGCUAGAAAUUCAUUUAGAAUUCUUUUGGGAUGAACAAGUCAUCAAUGAGAAAGAGAUUUAGAAUCAUAAGACAUAGCAGCUGUUGACAUUUUAACUCAUACAGCUGUUGACAUUUUAACUCAUACAGCUUUUGACAUUUUAACUCAUACAGUUGUUGACAUUUUAACUCAUACAGCUGUUGACAUUUUAACUCAUACAGUUGUUGACAUUUUAACUCAUACAGCUAUUGACAUUUUAACUCAUACAGCUGUUGACAUUUUAAACUCCUACAGCUAUUGACAUUUUAAUUCAUACAGUUGUUGACAUUUUAACUCAUAUAGCUGUUGACAUUUUAACUCAUACAGCUGUUGACAUUUUAAACUCAUACAGCUGUUGACAUUUUAACUCAUACAGUUGUUGACAUUUUAACUCAUACAGCUGUUGACAUUUUAAACUCAUACAGCUGUUGACAUUUUAAACUCAUACAGCUGUUGACAUUUUAACUCAUACUUUACUGUAUACUGGAAAGACAAUGGGAAAUGAUUUAGAAAUGUUCCUCGGUCAAUCUGUUGCGAUGACAUGGAGGCCAACAGGAGGAUAGCACAAACAGGAAUGUCCUUGGCACCACAUCCAUGGAGGACCUUGGAGCAGUGGACACCCGAUAAGAAGAGGCUUCAGACAUUGCCAUGUAACAGAUCUUUGUGGAGACAGCUUGCCUCCCGGUGCGCCUAAUGGCGUGGGAGGAUCUAAGUCUUCGGUCAAAUCUAAGUGGCAUACAAAAUUUUUGUUUUGAAAAAUAAAACUGUAGACAACACAGAUGAAUUAACUCAGGUCACUCUGUUGAUGCUGUUCAAGGGGAGAUAAAACAUCUUAGCAGACGUCGGGUCAAAAAGUCAUUGCUAAGUCCACAGAUGGGAUCACUGAUGGGCUUUUGCAACGCAGACCAGUAUUUUCUUUUUUAUUUAUUUACAGCUUAAAAACUAGUAAACAAGCUGGAUCAUACAUCCUCCCUAAGAAGCAUAUCCAAAAGUCCAGUAAGCUUAGAUGUCAAAACACACCAUCACUUUAUAGUUGCUUUCUAGAGACAUUGUUUCAACACCAAUCAUAAGGCAUUGUUUUGUCAAGUUCAAACCCCUUGGACCAGAUAUAAAGCUGAGUCCUAGUUCAUGCAUGACUAAAUGCAUGACGCGUAGGACGUAAUCAUAUUCUUUUUUGAAGUAACGUCUGUAUUAUAUAAGAAGAAGAUAAGAAGAAAGAAAAAAAUCAAAAGUCUCCCAUCUUAAUGUACAAAAGAUAGUGCUUUGUAAAAGAAAUGUACAUUUAUUGGCUGAAAGUAUUAAACCAAAAUUUAAGCCAGAGCAAUGCCUAGAAAGAGGAAGGCAGAUAUUUCAACUCAUCUACUUUCAAAAAGAAAAGAUGAGAAACAUAUUAUAACUCAGUCUUGUCAUUUAUGUUUCAGAUGUGGAUACAGUCAAGGACCCUGUGAUGCUUGUUUCAAAAGUCUUCUGUUGCGAAAUUAAUAAAACACAGGUCGUUCGUUAGAAAAAUGGCAGAGAAACGAUGCAGAAAACGUUGAACUAGUUGAAAGCGAGAAUUCCAUAAGAUGCAUAGCAACAAGGGAUUCCAUUAAUGACAAGCAAAAUACUUUAGAAGCGCCAACUAGGGCAUCAGUUUUUUCCAACACUGCAUUUUGUUGGACCGCUCCAGAAGAAAGUAUGAUAUUCUCUUGAACAAAAUCAAGAAAAACAAUGGCCAGAGUGACUCACUUUUAGCCUAGCCACAAACUCCAUCAGACCAGCAACCCAAACUCCAUCAGACCAGCAACUCAAACUCCAUCAGACCAGCAACUCAAACUCCAUCAGACUAGCAACUCAAACUCCAUCAGACCAGCAACUCAAACUCCAUCAGACCAGCAACUCAAGCUCCAUCAAGCCAGCAACUCAAACUACUUGAGACCAGCAAUUCAAACUCCAUCAGACCAGCAACUCAAACUCCAUCAGACCAGCAACUCAAACUACUUGAGACCAGCAACUCAAACUCCAUCAGACCAGUAACUCAAGCUCCAUCAGUCCAGCAACUCAAACUCCAUCAGACCUGCAACUCAAACUCCAUCAGACCAGCAACUCAAACUCCAUCAGACCAGCAACUCAAGCUCCAUCAGACCAGCAACUUAAACUCCAUCAGACCAGCAACUCAAAGCGUUUAUUCUUCAGGCUCGUUGACUUUGUUGUUUCAGCUCCGCCUGUAAGUCAGAAAAAUAGAAAAGGGCUGAAGCUCAUUGGUUUAGACACCAGUUACUCCUCCUUGCCCCCUUCUCCUUUUAAUGACAGCAGUUCCACUAGAUCCAAUACCUGAGCUGCAAGUGAAGGCCAUUAGUUGGAUUCGUUGAGACGCAUGCCAUUGGAAGUGUUUUAUAGGUAGUGGAGUGCUCAUAUCAAUAACAACCUCACAGAACCAAGUACUUAUAGCGGCGGUUCUCAACCUUUUAAGCUCUGCGACCCUUUUUUUACUAUCCCUUACUCUGCGCAACCCCCCCCCCCCAUAACAUACACAGCAAUAGAAGAAUACACUAAAUACAAUCCAUAUUUUCGAUGGUCUUAGGCGACCCAUGACAAAUCUUCAAUCGACCCCUCAAGGGGUCGCGACCCACAGGUUGAGAAGCCCUGACUUAUAGUAUAUAAUUUUUUAAUGUUUAAUGUUUGUUAAAGCCACUUUUUUGUUUACUUUUUUCUCAAGUGUAGCAAAAAAUUGUGAUGUGCUAAUGUUCCUUUUUUAUAAAUAAAUAUAUUUAAAAAAGAAACAUUGUUAGA